AUGGCGCGGCAAAUGACGUCAUCUCAGUUCCACAAAUCAAAGACUCUCGACAACAAAUACAUGCUGGGAGAUGAAAUUGGUAAAGGAGCUUAUGGCCGAGUCUAUAAAGGAUUAGACUUGGAGAAUGGAGACUUUGUGGCCAUUAAACAAGUCUCACUGGAAAAUAUUGUACAGGAGGAUCUUAACACCAUUAUGCAAGAAAUUGAUCUCUUGAAGAACUUGAACCAUAAGAACAUUGUGAAGUAUCUUGGGUCGUCGAAGACAAAGACUCACCUUCACAUUAUUUUAGAGUACGUUGAGAAUGGCUCUCUUGCGAACAUUAUUAAACCAAAUAAAUUUGGACCUUUCCCGGAAUCUUUGGUGGCUGUUUACAUUGCUCAGGUCUUGGAAGGUUUAGUAUAUCUGCAUGAGCAGGGUGUUAUCCACCGUGAUAUCAAGGGUGCUAAUAUUUUGACGACAAAGGAGGGUCUGGUUAAGCUUGCUGACUUUGGAGUUGCCACUAAACUAAACGAGGCUGAUGUUAACACUCAUUCAGUGGUUGGUACUCCUUACUGGAUGGCUCCUGAGGUUAUUGAAAUGUCCGGAGUUUGUGCUGCUUCUGACAUUUGGAGCGUUGGAUGCACUGUUAUCGAACUUCUUACUUGUGUACCUCCUUACUAUGAUCUUCAACCCAUGCCAGCCCUCUUCCGUAUUGUUCAGGAUGACAACCCUCCUAUUCCCGAUAGUCUUUCUCCAGAUAUUACAGACUUCCUACGGCAGUGUUUUAAGAAGGAUUCCAGGCAGAGGCCUGAUGCAAAGACAUUGCUCUCUCACCCUUGGAUACGGAACUCUAGACGAGCAUUGCAGUCCUCACUUCGGCAUAGUGGAACCAUCAAAUAUAUGAAGGAAGCCGCUUCAAGUUCAGAGAGGGAUGAUAGUGGUAGUCAAGAUGUAACUGAAACCCUUUCAGCAGAAAAAGUUGGGAUAUCAAAAACUGAUUCGAAAGGCAAAUUGGUAGGGGUGGCGAGUUUUAGGUCUGAGAAAGGUCAGUCUUCUUCACCCAGUCAUCAUGGUGAAGAAGGAACGGAUAAUUCAGAAGAUGAUCUUGUGUCAGAUCAAGUUCCUACAUUUUCUAUCCAUGAUAAAUCUUCUCUUCAAAGUACUUCGGAUGCAAAGGGGACAUCUGAAGAUGUAUCAGAGUUUCAGGGGAAAUCUGAUCAUGGUGAAAUAUCUGGAAAUCUUGAAACAGAAGCUUCUGAAACUAGAAAGAAUACUUUAGAAAAUCAGGUUGGGAAAGAAGGUUCCAUCCAGGUGGACCAGCCAUCAAAUAGUUUGGGCCAAAAAGGUGAAGAUCGUAGGCUUCGAAAGGCUUCGAGGACUCCAUCUAAUGUUGGUGGGAAUGAACUGACUAGAUUUAGUGAUCCUCCUGGGGAUGCUUCUUUGCAUGAUUUGUUUCAUCCCUUGGACAAAGUACCAGAGGGAAAACCAAAUGAAGCUUCGACAUCAACGGCUACAUCAAGUGUCAUCCAGGGUGAUUCUCCUGUCGCAGAUGGUGGAAAGAAUGAUCUGGCAACAAAAUUGAGGGCUACUAUUGCUCAGAAGCAAAUGGAGGGUGAAACAGGGCAAUCAAAUGAUGGUGGUGACCUUUUCCGCUUAAUGAUGGGUGUUUUGAAAGACGAUGUUAUUGACAUUGAUGGCUUGGUAUUUGAUGAAAAAGUGCCCGCAGAGAAUCUUUUUCCUCUGCAGGCAGUCGAGUUCAGCAGAUUGGUGAGCUCCUUAAGGCCAGAUGAAUCAGAAGAUGCAAUAGUAUCUUCCAGUCAGAAACUUGUUGUCAUGUUUCGUCAGAGACCUGAACAGAAAGCAGUAUAUGUGACGCAGCAUGGUUUCCUCCCUCUAAUGGAUCUACUUGAUAUUCCUAAAUCUCGAGUAACAUGUGCUGUGCUGCAGCUGAUAAACGAGAUUAUUAAAGAUAACACUGACUUCCAGGAAAAUGCUUGUCUUGUUGGUCUCAUUCCCGUGGUAAUGAGUUUUGCUGGUCCCGAGAGGGAUCGUUCUCGAGAAAUUCGUAAGGAAGCAGCUUACUUCUUGCAGCAGCUUUGUCAGUCAAGCUCCUUAACGUUGCAAAUGUUCAUAGCCUGCCGUGGAAUACCAGUUUUGGUGGGAUUUCUUGAAGCAGAUUAUGCCAAAUACAGGGAGAUGGUCCAUUUAGCUAUUGAUGGGAUGUGGCAGGUAUUCAAACUCAAGAAAUCCACCCCCAGAAACGAUUUCUGCCGUAUAGCUGCAAAGAAUGGAAUUCUUCUUAGGCUAAUCAACACUCUCUAUAGCUUGAAUGAGGCAACCCGUCUGGCUUCUAUCUCAGGUGGCCCACUAAGUGUGGAUGGUCAAGCUCCAAGAGCGCGCUCUGGUCAACUUGACCCUAACAAUCCUAUCUUUAGUCAGCAUGAGACUUCUGUCAGUGUGAUUGAUCAGCCUGGUGUGUUGAAAACUAGUCACGGGGGUGGUGAAGAGCCUUCUCAUGCUUCAACUUCAAAUUCUCAAAGAUCAGAUAUCCAUCAACCCGAUCCCUUGCACCCAGAUGGUGAUAGGCCUAGAUUAAGCAGUGUUGCAGCAGAUGCCUCUACGUCAGGGACAGAAGAUGUUAGACAACAGCAUCGGUUAUCUCUCUCCGCCAAUAGGACCUCGACAGACAAGCUUCAGAAGCUGGCGGAGGGUGCCUCAAAUGGUGUUCCUGUUACUCAGCCAGAACAAGUUCGACCUUUGCUUAGCUUGCUGGAGAAAGAACCCCCUUCAAGACAUUAUUCUGGUCAACUGGAUUAUGUAAAGCACAUUACUGGCAUAGAGAGACAUGAAAGUAGGCUUCCUCUUUUGCAUGGAUCAAACGAAAAGAAAACCAACGGAGACCUAGAUUUUCUGAUGGCCGAAUUUGCUGAGGUCUCUGGACGUGGAAAGGAAAAUGGAAAUCUUGAUACUACGCCUAAAUAUCCCAAUAAAACAAUGACAAAAAAGGUUGUGGCUAUUGAAGGAGUCGCUUCUUCGUCUGGGAUUGCAUCUCAGACAGCAUCUGGAGUACUGUCAGAUGUCGCAAGGGAAUACUUGGAGAAAGUGGCUGAUCUGCUUCUUGAAUUUGCCCGAGCUGAUACAACAGUAAAAUCAUACAUGUGCAGCCAGAGCUUACUUAGUCGUCUUUUUCAGAUGUUCAACCGUGUAGAGCCUCCUAUUCUCUUAAAGAUACUGGAGUGCACCAAUCAUUUAUCCACUGAUCCAAAUUGCUUGGAGAAUCUCCAGCGUGCAGAUGCAAUUAAGCAUUUGAUCCCCAACCUUGAGCUUAAGGAUGGGAAUCUUGUUUAUCAGAUCCAUCAUGAGGUGCUUAGUGCCCUAUUCAACCUGUGCAAGAUAAACAAGAGGAGGCAGGAACAAGCGGCUGAAAACGGAAUCAUACCGCACCUGAUGCUUUUCAUCAUGUCGGAUUCUCCUCUAAAGCAAUAUGCAUUGCCACUUCUAUGUGAUAUGGCUCAUGCAUCUCGGAAUUCAAGAGAGCAGCUAAGAGCCCACGGCGGUCUGGAUGUUUAUCUGAGUUUACUCGAUGAUGAAUAUUGGUCAGUGAUAGCCUUAGAUUCAAUUGCUGUUUGCCUGGCGCAAGACAAUGACAACAACCACAAGGUGGAGCAGGCGUUGCUCAAGAAAGAUGCAAUUGAGAAACUAGUUAACUUCUUCCAGAGCUGCCCAGAGAGACACUUUGUGCACAUAUUGGAGCCAUUCUUGAAGAUCAUUACGAAAUCAAUUCGGAUCAACAAGACAUUAGCGGUGAAUGGGUUGACUCCGUUGCUUAUUUCAAGGUUAGACCACCAAGAUGCGAUUGCUCGGCUUAAUCUCCUGAAACUCAUCAAGGCAGUAUACGAGCAACAUCCAAAGCCAAAGCAACUGAUAGUGGAGAACGAUCUCCCACAAAAGCUGCAGAAUCUGAUAGAAGAACGACGUGAUGGGCAACGUUCAGGAGGCCAAGUUCUGGUGAAGCAAAUGGCAACAUCUCUCCUCAAAGCACUUCACAUCAACACUGUCUUCUGA